AUGCCUUCAAACAACCAACCUCCGCCUUCAUCAAUGAUGGCUCUUGCCACUUCCGAUCUCAAAUCAAAGCAAGAGCAUGAAAUGGAGAUGCUUUCACUUCAACAUGAGCUGAGGAGUAAAAAUGCCAAGAUCAAACAGCUUCAAUCUAAAUACGAUCAAACCGAAAAUAAUUUUAAAUAUAUUUUGAACAACCAUAAAGAAUUGAUUAACCGGCUGUCUGAAAUCGAACGAGAUUUAAAAGAGGAACGAGAGAGAAACUCAGACUUGCAAAACAAAAUUCAGCUUCAACAAAUUGAAAUUGCAAAACUAUCAGACAGUGAAGAAAAAAACAAGAAACUACGGCAAGAAAUUGAGUCUCUCAAAAAAGUAAACAAGAACUUACAGGAUACAUUAUUAGAUACGGAGAAGUUAAAGGAAAAGAAGCAAAACAAAAAGUAUGAGACUAUCAUUGAGCAAUUAAAGCAGGAAAUCAAACAGUGGAACGACAAGUUUUCGGAACAACACACCAAGUACACAAAAAUAGUUUCAAAGUAUAAAAUACAAGAAGCUCAAAUGGAGUCGCUCAUGGAAAAGAAGGAAAAACGAAGUGUUCCAACACAGACAACCACAACACAAAUAUUAGAUGCAGAUGUUCAAACCAUUGCUGUAUCCAAACCUCUCUGUUAUCACCAAGCGGUGCAAGUGAAUAUUAUUCAGCCAGAGCCGCCCAAGAAGGAGUACAAGCCGCCUGUAAUCGAUUGGAGACCUCCUGUACAGAUCAUUAAGGAUGAAGAGCCCAUGAUAGAUGUGGUAAAAAGUACCUACAAGCCUGAGGUAAUUAUUAUUGAAAAGCCAACAUUAAUAUCUACUGGAUCUCAACAACAAGUAACACACAAGCCACCCAGUAUCAAACCAGCCGAGGUGUUUCGAAGGGAGGAAUCUCCAAAAAUGCCACCACCCAUAGAACAAGUUGUUUUGCCUCAAAAAGCUCCAUCAGAGAAAGAAAAAUCCAGAGAGGCAUCUCCUGUGGUUGUUCAGCCAAAACAGGACGCAUCUGAGGCUUUACCUCAACCAAAGGAGAUCAAAGUUUCAUUCACUGAGCCACAUUCUGAAAAUAGGUGCACUGUACGAUUAUUUAACAUUAUACCGAAUCUUACCUACUUUUUUAAGGAAUGGGAAAAUCUUCCCUUCUUUUUGUCAGUUGACUUUUUCAAACACGAGACACAACUUUCAAACUUGACCAAUGGCGUUUCAAAUGAGUUGAUGUUUGAACGAAUCUUUGAAUUUGAAAAUAAUCAACUAUUCCUGUACUACUUAGCAAAUGGAUCAAUUGUGGUACAAUUAACUCUUGUUCAUUCCAUUGACAAUUGUGAAGUAAUUGGGCAAGGAGAAAUAUAUCUGUCCAAUUUGAUCAAGGAUGGAUUUAAUAAUCUGGUAAAAGGUACCAUCACUCUGUACGGAAAAGCCAACAAAACACAAAUGGCUACAGUUGAUUAUGAAAUUCAGCUUAAGGACUCAAUUUCUAGAAUUGUAUCACCGUACAAAUCCGAAGAAUUAAUGAAACUUUUUUCUGACAAGAUUGUUGCUCCCUCACCAAUCACAGAUCACACAAAAUCUCAAAAUCGAUUGAAAAUUCAGGAAGCCCUAACCAGUGGUGAAUUUAGUAAUAUUGGAGCAAUGAAUGAUAGCAAUAUUCAGAGCAGUAUUGGAGACGAAACCCUUGAUAAUGAUCAACAUGCAUCAUAUCUAGAUGAAGAGUUACUCAGCCAGCAAGUAGAAGUGGGAGAUAUAUCUUUGUAA